UGGUGAGUUAUUUUUUUUUUUUUUUCCCCUCUAAAGGAGACCUGUGUGUUCAGCCAUUACUUUGCUCGGCGCUGCUCACAGGAAUCUCCGACCCUCGGUGCUGUGGGCAGCCCCGCACUUGGGCUCCUCGCCUCUCGCCCUCGCUCCCGUCCCUCCUCCCUCUCUCCGCCCCUUCCCCCUUUUCUUUCUCCGCUCUUUCUUCCCCUCUCUCCCUUCUUUCGGCCGCCGUCUCCCCCGCGCCCUCCUCGGGGCGGAGGGAAGCCGAGAAGGGGGAGGGAGGGAUUGGUGUCAAUUUUUUUGUGCGGCCGCGGCCGGAGCCUGUGGCGGGCAGGCGGCGAGCGGGGAGACCCCGGCGAAGCAGAGCCAUGGAUGGCCCGACGCGGGGCCAUGGACUCCGCAAAAAGCGGCGGUCGCGGUCUCAGCGAGACCGGGAGAGGCGCUCCCGGGGCGGACUGGGGGCCGGCGCGGCCGGCGGCGGCGGGGCCGGCCGGACCCGGGCGCCCUCGUUCGCCUCGUCGUCGGGCUCCGACAAGGAAGACAAUGGGAAGCCCCCGUCCUCCGCCCCGUCCCGGCCCAGACCCCCGCGGAGGAAGCGGAGAGAGUCCACCUCAGCCGAAGAGGACAUCAUUGAUGGAUUUGCCAUGACCAGCUUUGUCACUUUUGAAGCGCUGGAGAAAGAUGUAGCACUUAAGCCUCAGGAACGCGUGGAGAAACGCCAGACCCCUCUGACCAAGAAGAAACGGGAAGCACUUACCAACGGCUUGUCCUUUCACUCCAAGAAGAGCAGACUCAGUCACCCGCACCACUACAGCUCAGACCGGGAAAAUGACCGCAACCUCUGCCAGCACCUCGGGAAGAGAAAGAAAAUGCCGAAGGGACUCAGACAGCUCAAGCCAGGGCAGAACAGCUGCAGGGACAGUGACAGUGAAAGUGCCAGUGGAGAAUCCAAGGGCUUCCACAGGAGCAGCUCUCGGGAAAGGCUCAGCGAUAGUUCAGCUCCUUCCAGCUUGGGAACAGGCUACUUCUGUGACAGCGAUAGUGACCAGGAAGAGAAGGCCUCAGAUGCCAGCUCUGAAAAACUCUUCAAUACUGUUAUUGUAAACAAAGAUCCGGAGCUCGGUGUCGGCGCGCUACCCCAACACGACGGCCGCGAUGCGGGGCCCAUUGUCCCCAAGAUUUCGGGUCUAGAGAGGAGCCAGGAGAAGAGCCAGGACUGCGGCAAAGAGCCCAUCUUUGAGCCCGUGGUGCUGAAGGACCCCCGUCCUCAGGUCCCGCCGCCGCCGCCCCAGCCCCAGGCGGAGCCCCCGCCCCGAGCGCCUUCUCCGGACCCCGCUUCGGGGCCGCGCGCCGAGCCCCCGCCGCCGCCCCCCCCGCGCCCCGGCGCCCAGCCUCCGCCCGCGCCCCCGGAGGCCCCGCCGCAGCCCGCGCCGCCGCCGCCGCCGCCGCCGGCGCCCCGGCCGCCCCGGCCGCAGUCCCCGGGGCCGCUGCCGCCCCAGGCCCUCCCGCCCGCGCAGGCCCACCCCUCCGCCCAGAGCCUCCCCCAGCCGCUGUCCGCCUACAACAGCAGCAGCCUGAGCCUCAACAGCCUCAGCAGUAGCAGGAGCAGCACUCCAGCGAAGACUCAGCCUGCCCCCCCUCACAUCUCCCACCACCCCUCAGCCUCCCCGUUCCCCCUGUCACUGCCCAACCACAGCCCCCUGCACAGCUUCACGCCCACCCUCCAGCCCCCCGCACACUCACAUCACCCCAAUAUGUUUGCCCCUCCCACUGCCUUGCCUCCUCCACCACCUCUGACAUCAGGGAGUCUGCAGGUGCCCGGACACCCGGCCGGGAGCACUUACUCAGAGCAAGACAUCUUGCGACAGGAACUGAACACACGUUUUUUGGCCUCCCAGAGCGCUGACCGCGGGGCCUCCCUGGGCCCCCCACCCUACCUGCGGACCGAGUUCCACCAGCACCAGCACCAGCACCAGCACACGCACCAGCACACGCACCAGCACACGUUCACGCCCUUCCCCCACGCCCUGCCGCCCACCGCCAUCAUGCCGACGCCAGCACCGCCCAUGUUUGACAAAUACCCAACAAAAGUUGACCCAUUCUACCGGCACAGUCUCUUCCAUUCUUAUCCUCCUGCUGUAUCGGGCAUCCCCCCUAUGAUUCCGCCCACUGGCCCUUUUGGUUCACUGCAAGGAGCAUUUCAGCCGAAGACAUCCAACCCAAUCGAUGUUGCUGCCCGACCUGGGACGGUCCCACACACUCUCCUCCAGAAGGACCCGAGGUUGACAGAUCCUUUCAGACCUAUGUUAAGGAAACCAGGGAAGUGGUGUGCUAUGCAUGUUCAUAUUGCCUGGCAGAUCUACCACCACCAACAGAAAGUCAAGAAACAGAUGCAGUCAGACCCACACAAGCUGGACUUUGGCCUGAAGCCCGAGUUCCUGAGCCGUCCUCCGGGUCCCAGCCUCUUUGGAGCCAUCCACCACCCCCACGACCUGGCACGUCCUUCAACUUUGUUCUCUGCCGCUGGUGCUGCACACCCAGCCGGGACCCCUUUUGGGCCACCUCCUCAUCACAGCAACUUCCUGAACCCUGCUGCUCACCUCGAGCCUUUUAAUCGGCCAUCUACGUUCACUGGCCUGGCAGCAGUUGGUGGCAAUGCCUUCGGGGGACUUGGAAAUCCUUCAGUUACACCCAACUCAGUGUUCGGCCACAAGGAUGGCCCCAGUGUGCAGAACUUUAGCAAUCCUCACGAGCCCUGGAACCGGCUGCACCGAACGCCUCCGUCGUUCCCGACCCCUCCGCCCUGGCUGAAGCCAGGGGAGCUGGAGCGUAGCGCGUCCGCUGCAGCUCAUGACAGAGAUAGAGAUGUAGAUAAACGAGACUCAUCCGUUAGUAAAGAUGACAAAGAAAGGGAAAGCGUCGAGAAGAGACACUCCAGCCACCCUUCACCAGCACCCGUCCUCCCGGGGAGCACCCUGGGGCACGGCCGCAGCUCCACCGAACAGAUCAGGGGUCAUUUGAGCACCGAGGCUCGUGAGAAAGACAAAUCCAAAGACAGGGAGAGAGAGCACUCGGAAUCCCGCAAGGACCUGGGCGCCGACGAGCACAAGGCGAAGGAGGGCCCCCUGCCCGAGAAGGACGGCCACGGCCAUGGCCACGAGGGCCGCGGCGCGGGCGAGGAAGCCAAGCAGCUGGCCCGGGUGCCGUCGCCCUACGCGCGGGUGCCCGCCAGCGACAGCGCCAGGCCGGGCAGCGCCGCCAGCCGCGAGGCCGAGCCGCGCAAGGGCGAGCCGGCCUACGAGAACCCCAAGAAGAGCGCCGAGGUCAAGGUGAAGGAGGAGCGCAAGGAAGACCACGACCUGCCCGCCGAGGCCCCGCAGACCCACCGGUCCUCGGAGCCGCCGCCGCCGCCCAGCUCCUCGGCCAGCGUGCACCCAGGGCCCUUGGCCUCCAUGCCCAUGACCGUGGGGGUGACGGGCAUCCACCCCAUGAACAGCAUCAGCAGCCUGGACAGGACUCGCAUGAUGACGCCUUUCAUGGGCAUCAGCCCCAUCCCGGGCGGAGAGCGCUUCCCGUAUCCUCCUUUCCACUGGGACCCCAUCCGGGACCCGUUGAGGGAUCCCUACCGGGAACUUGACAUUCACCGGAGAGACCCGCUGGGCAGGGACUUCCUGCUGAGGAGCGACCCCCUGCACCGCCUCUCGGCCCCCCGGCUGUACGAAGCCGACCGCUCCUUCAGGGACCGGGAGCCCCACGACUACCACCACCACCACCACCACCACCCGCUGUCGGUGGACGCGCGGCGGGAGCACGAGCGCGGGGCGCACCUGGACGAGCGGGAGCGCCUGCACAUGCUCCGCGAGGACUUCGAGCACCCGCGGCUCCACCCCGUGCACCCCGCCUCCCUGGACGGACACCUGCCCCACCCCGGCCUCAUCGCGCCCGGCCUGCCCAGCAUGCACUACCCGCGCAUCAGCCCCACCGCGGGCCACCAGAACGGACUGCUCAACAAGACGCCCCCGACGGCGGCGCUCAGCGCGCCUCCCCCGCUCAUCUCCACGCUGGGGGGCCGCCCCGUGUCCCCCCGGAGGACUACCCCUCUGUCCGCGGAGAUCAGGGAGCGGCCGCCCUCCCACACGCUGAAGGACAUCGAAGCCCGGUAAGGAGAGGACAGGACGGGACGCGAAGAGGAGGAAGAGAGCCCGCGGCCGCAGGCGCCAGACUCGAGAGAGCGCGCGGAGAGAAGUCCCGCGUCUCGACCGACGCAGACGGGGCGGGGGGAGCCCCCAGCACUUCCCCUUGUAAAAAAUGUAUAGACUCAGUGCAGAUUUUGAAAUGUUUUUGUAUAUUCUAUGUUGAAAUUUUUCAGAUCUUUUAGCCGAUUCGUAUGUUCUCAUGUCUCCCCACUCUUUUGGUUUCUCGUAUAAAACUUUUUGAUU